UCAGACGUCGGGGCGACUGCGGCUCGGUGCUUAGAAGGGUUUAAUUGGUGGGUUCUCGGUUCGUUUUUGUGACCUUGGGCAAGGCACUUUUACUGUCUAUUAGCCUGCAAGUAGGACCGGUGGCUGCCUCGCCUGUCAGUGUGCCUCGGGGCAGCUGUGGCUAUGAUGUAGCACACAUCACCACAGGACUGUUGUAAAGCGUUUUAGAGUGUGACUUGGGAAAGCUCUAUAGAUGUGGAAUCAAACAGCAAAUAAAUAAGUUCAGGAACCUACUUCCUGUUAUAUAAUUUGAGAUGGAUUCUUCUCAGAGACAGCAGCUGUCUGAGCUGGUGGAAGACCUUACCACAUCUGGACAGAUGCAGCUCAACCAGGACAAAAUGAAGAAGCUGAAAAACAUCUGCAGAGUGUCUAAUGAGUGCAUAGACCACGUGUACCACUCAGCGAUGUCCCAACUGAACCAGGACCACGCUGAGAUCCGCCUGUCAGCCUUCCAGGUCAUCAGUGAGCUCUUUUCCAGAUCGCAUCACUUCAGAACGCUGCUGGUGGAAAACUUCCAGGUGUUCUUGGAGUUGACGGUGGAGACAGACACCGAGCAGCUCCUCCCCCCUCCUAAAGAGGCAGCUAAGAAGCUGAGGUCCCAGGCCAUCCAGACCAUCCAGUCCUGGCAGGCCUCCUAUGGCUCUGCCUACAAGAAGCUGGCACUCGGCUACCAUUUCCUCAAACAGGUCAAAAAGGUGGACUUCCAGGACGCUGAGGCCAGGACAGUAGCAGAGCGGAGGCGAGAGGAGGAGAGGAGCAGGAAGAUGGAGACCAUCUACAGAGCCAGAGUCCAGGCAGCAGCCGCAGAGAUGGAAGAGUCAUCUCAGGACAUCGAGGCAGCACUCACGGAGAUGGAUUCCUGCAUGAAGCUGCUGUUCCCCGACUUCAGCCCGUCAGAUUUCCUCUCGGCCAGGAGCUCUUCGGACUCCAAACCAGAUCCAGACUGUCCGUCAGAAGGGGACGAGCCUUGCUGCAGCAAAGACCUGCAGCGCAGCAGGAGAGGAGGACACGUGCAGGAGGAGGAGAGAGAAAAGGGAGAUGAAGAGAACAUCACGAGGAAGGAGGGCAGAGGAAUGGCUGGGGAGGAAAGGGAAGAUGCAGAGUUUAAAGAGUAUCGGGACAGAAGGGUGAAGGAGUGUGAGAUGGAGAGCGAUGAAGAGGAGGAGUCUGUUGAUGAGGGUUCAUUCAUCAGGAACUCUGGGCUUGUCUCUUACUCCUACAGUCUGAACGUGAGUCUUGGUCCAGCCCUUCGUGUUGAGGAGACUGACGACAAUGAGCCUGUAGUUUCCACAAUGAUGGAGCUGCACCAGCUGCUGACAACCAAAUACCUCCCUGCGGUGAACACCUGGGUCCAGGUCUUCACCAAGUCCCAUGCAGAGCCUCAGCUGUUGAGGAGAGCGCUGGAUCUGAAGAAGUCGCUAGAAGCUGCAGUGAACAAACACAAAGAGCUAAACAUCGACCACAAAUCCAGGAUUCGUAAAGUGAUGACGGCUCCCUUAGAUGAUGAUGAAGAGGAGGAUGACUUUGAGGAAGUUCCAGAAAAAGAAGGCUAUGAGCCACACAUUCCUGAGCAUCUACGAGCCGAGUACGGUCUGGAUCCUUCUCCUUCUACCUCAGCGGCACCUCUCUCUCAGCACAAGCCUCCUGCCGCGCUCCUUCCAUCGACUUCAUCUUCCUCCUCUAGGAGGCUAAAGAGACUCCAGGAGGAAGAGCAGGAUCCAACCUCUGCUGCUUCCACCCUGCGCCUCCUCAGGCAAAAGUUCCAGUCACAGCCCAGCAGCAGCAGCCUCCUCGACUCCACCGCAGCCCCGUCUGGUUCAGACCAGAAAGCUGCUGAAGUUCCAGUGGUCCCAUUUGGUUUGGAUCUGUACUACUGGGGCCAGGAGCAGCCCAACGCCGGCAAGAUCAUCAAGUCGGCCUCUCAGCACCAAUUCUGGGUUCCUGCAGAGGUGGAGGAGGAGGUGGAGAACAAAGACCUGUUAGCAUCUAGCAGGAGCAGGUACAUCUCCUUCCCUGGAACCUUCAUCCCCGUCGACCACUUCUGCAGAGCCCCACUAGGAAACGGAAAGCUGUGUCAGCGCCAGGACCGGAUCAAGUGUCCAUUCCACGGCCGGAUUGUCCCCCGUGACUCAGAGGGCCGACCGUGCAGAGAGGAGGACAGGAGGAGGGAGGAGGAGGAGAGGAGGAAGAGGAGGGAGCAGCAGCCUGACUGGCGGGAUCCAGAACUGAUGCGUGACAUCGAAGCGGCGACAGGAGAGGACUUGGGAUCUGAUCGCGUUCCUGGGAAAAAGAGGAAAGGGAAGAAGAAGUACCCCAACCUCAGUGAUCUGAAGCAGAGCAGCAACACGCUGAGGUCCAGGCUGGAGAAGAAGAUCUUCAACAAGAGCGCCCUGCGCAGAGUGGCUCAGGUGAUGAGAGACAGCGACAGGAGGAAACAUGACAAGUUCUCCAACCAGUUCAACUAUGCUUUGAACUGACCUCCAGGGUUCCAGCGGUCCUGAAGACACCUACGCUCUGCUCAGCUGCGAGUCAGAACCGUUGAUGAGACCUGGUCUGAAUCCGCCAGAACUGCUUUUUGUAAGCAGCUGCUCAGAAGGACCCCGUCACCAGGUCCAGAUGGCUGACCAGAGCUUUGGAGGAGCUGCUGUUUGUCUUCGGGUCUAAAGUAGACCUGAUUAUUGAGACAAACAUCAGCAUGGAACACAACAUGAAUGGAACAUUCCUGCUCUUUAACACCUACAAGGAUACUACACCCGCCUGCUGUUCAGAAGACACGUCCCAUCUGUUUUCUGAGAGGCUGCUGUUUAGGACAGUGUCCUGCUGCAGAAAGCAGUGGUGUCCCACCACCACCAACGCCCAGGCCUUUGAACCCCACCUCAGAGUGAUGGAAUAGUGAUAAAGCAUCAAAAAGAGGAGCAGCUAAUGGAUGUUUAGUUCCGUUUUCUGUUUGAGGUGUUCUCAAUAAUCUUGUCUGGAACGAAUAAAAUCAUGGACACGUUUCUCUGCACCUCUACUCUAACCCCAACCCUGGAUGGUCCUGAUUUUAGCAACAUCACUCCGAUGGAAUAAGGCCAUCCUAGAAAAAGGACUGAUCACGCUGGUCUAGAAGGACACCAAGGUUCCUCUCGUUAGUCCUGGAUGAGAAGAUAAUGAACAACUGCAGAGUUUGUUCCUGAGGAGCUCAGGCCCCAAAGCCACAGCCUCUCUCUGGUCUGAUGGUUAAAAUGGAAAAUAAGAACCAGAAAGGGCCUCGUUUAUGGAGGCUUGUUUAGAAUCCGUACUGAAACCCUACAGCUCAGUAAAACGGCCCGCAUGCACACGGCUGCACAGAAUCCCUUUUUAGACCUCAUUUUGUGCGUAAGCGAGCUUUCUAAACGACGCCCCUGCUGUUUAGGGCUUUGCUGUAGUCUAAGAUGCGUCUUAAACCUCAGGGCGAGCGUACAUCUGUACAUGGUGCUAAGCUUUGGAGGGUGCUCCUCCUCCCUGUUAAGCAGCAUUUUUAACUCGUGUUAAAACCUGUUUUUUUUUUAACGUAGCGCUUAACUCUGUGCUGCUGUUAGAACUGGGUCCAUUGAACGUUUGGCUCCGGCGUAGAGCUUCUUUGGUUUUAUGAUUUUAUUCGUAAAGGUGCUAAAUCAUGCAAACUCCACGUUUUGGAGCUUUUGACCGUUUCAUUUUUGUUUCCUUAUGAAAACUCCCCCAAAGAGGUAUUUUGGUUUCACUCACGCAUUUCCGUGUCUCAGUUGCAAAUCCUCAGAGUGGGACACGUCAGCGUGAAUGUGCGGUUUCUGGGUCUGCAACCGUGCGCUAUUGUGGAAUUCACACGGGAGGAGGCGGAGCUUCAUCGAAUCCAAGUGUCUUCUAUCCAGGAUGAAGGAAAACAACAAGACGCCUCAAUAGUGCCAACAGUAAUAUUUGAUUUAUUGUGCUUACCGUUGCUCUGGAAAGAGUAGAAUCGCAUGAGCCAGGCCCUUUAGUUAAUGUUUUUAUUGUUUUAUGGUAUAUUUACUUGUUUGUUUCUCGUUUUUGUGUUUUGUGGGCCCUGACGUCUUGUGUGCAGCACUUUGGGGGGCCCUGACGUCUUGUGUAAAGUGGUUAAUAAAUAAAUUGGUGUAAUAAUGA